UAAAAAUAAAAUUUUGAAAUAUUUUUCUAAAUGGAGACAGAACUUGAGCUAUCUGCAGUUAUAGGAUUUAAAGGCACUGUUGCCGAUGGACUUAUACUUCAUCCCAACAACGAACAUUUACUUUUCCCUCUUGGAACAACCAUUGUUGUGAGACACAUUAUUGAGAGGACUCAGCAGUUCCUGAGAGGCCAUGAUAAUAAUAUAUCUGUGAUUACAGUGUCUGAUUCAGGAAAAUAUAUUGCUUCUGGCCAGCAAACUCAUAUGGGAUUCCAAGCAGAUGUCAUUAUUUGGGAUUUCGAUACCAUGAGUAUUUUACACAGACUCAAGUUGUUGCAUAAGGUCCUUAUUCAGAGUCUCACUUUCAGUUUCAAUGAAAUGUACCUGGCCUCAGUUGGCGGCCAAGACGAUGCAAACUUGGUUAUUUGGGAUAUUGAGUCUGGUAACGCUGUUUGUGGAAACCCCACUGGUACUAAUGCAGUUAAUAGAAUUUGCUUUUACAACAACUCUGAUGACAGACUCAUAAGUAUCCACGACUAUCAAGUCCUCAUUUGGUCAGCUGAUUACUCCAAUAAAAAGAUUUCGAAUGACCUUGUCAAUCUGGGUCAAGUCAAAAGAAAAUUUACUUGUGUUGUCAUUGACCACUCAGACUCAUUUGCAUACAUGGGUACCAAGACUGGUGAUAUCGUCGAGAUCUCGCUUGACAAAGCAAUGUACAAGAGAAUCGGUCCAGUUAAGAGACUCUUCUCGCUUGGAAUCAACUGCAUUACCCAGGUUCCUAACGGAGACAUCUUGGUUGGAGCCGGAGAUGGAACCAUCGCUAAGAUUGACCACAGCAAUAUGAGAGUCAAGUCUGAAGCUGAAGUGCUAGGAGCCGUCACUUCGUUCUCGCUCACAGCUGAUGGCACCCACUGAUUCGUUGGAACCGACAAAGCCACCAUUUAUUGGUCUGACACCGACACGAUUGAGCCAGAACUGAGAAACACGUGCCACUACGCUCAGAUCAACGACCUGGCCUUUCCGUACGGGUUCAGCAAAGUCUUCGCGACCUGCUCCAUCAACGAUAUCAGAGUGUGGAACAGCAAGACCAGACAGGAGCUACUCAGGAUCGAAGUGCCAGGGCUUGAAUGUCACUCAAUAGACUUCUUGAAGAAUGGCAAGAGCAUCAUCAGUGGAUGGAACGACGGGAAAAUCAGAGCGUUCUUGCCUCAGUCAGGAAAACUGCUCUAUGUUAUCAACGACGCCCACAACCACGGAGUCACAGUCGUAGCUGGAACCAACGACUGUUCUCGUAUUGUUUCAGGCGGAGAACAAGGAGAAGUCAGAGUCUGGUCUAUCGGCUCUCAGACCCAAGUGAUGGAGGCUUCUCUUAAAGAACACAGAGCCAGAGUCUCGGACAUCAAGAUCAACGCCAACGACGACCAAGCUGUGAGUUCGAGUCAUGAUGGCUCUUGCAUUGUGUGGGACCUCGAGAACUUCACCCGGAUCAUUUGUCUGUUCGAGUCGACAAUGUUCAAGCAAGUGGUGUACCACCCAGAUGAGUCGCAGCUGCUGACUGCAGGCUCAGACAGAAAGAUUACUUACUGGGACUGCUACGACGGACAGGCCAUCCGUAUGCUCGAUGGCUCAGAUAGUGGUGAAAUCAAUGCUAUCGAUAUUACUAAAGAAGGAGAACACUGCGUGAGUGGAGGAGAAGACAAACUUGUAAAGAUCUGGAACUAUGACGAAGGAAUCUGUUAUAAUCAAGGAACUGGUCAUUCAGGAACUAUCACAAGAGUCAAAAUCUCUCCAGAUCAAUCUUUCAUAGUCUCAGUUGGAUCUGAAGGAGCAAUUUUUAUUUGGGAAACACCUAAGGAAGUUGCUGAGGCAAAGGCAGACAGUGAGAUGCCUGAGGCACCAGAGGACGGAGAAGCAGCUUAAUGGAAUAAUUCAUCAAAACUUGAAAUAA